AUGACUUUUGUGCCACGUCUUUUAUGCCCCGUCUGCCACUGCUUCCUUUGGGGACCUCGGCGGCGUCAAGUCAAGGGGACUGCGUUCCUUGUAUACACCAUGACCACCAAACGAUCGAGUGACAAUAAUGCUUCUUGUUCAAAGAAAGUUCGUUUUGAUAUUCCAUUAAUCCCUAUCGAUGCAGAAACUGCCAGCGUACGUCACGAGCUCUUAUCGCGUCUAUCAGAAAUCACCCCUGGACGCCUUCAUGGUCUUCAACAACAGUACGAUCAGCUGUAUCAACUUUUACAUCAGACCACUACUACAGGUGAAAGCAAUUCAUGUUUGCUGAUCGGAAACAGAGGAACUGGAAAAUCAAUGCUAGUGCGAUCCGUAUUGGAUGACCUGGCUAAACUUCAAGACGAUCCAAAUUUCUGUGUCGUUCGUCUAAAUGGAAUGACCGCCACCACUGAUCGCCUUGCCCUUAAUGAAAUCGCACGUCAAUUAGCUACUCAGCAAAGAAACCAAGAAGGAUCUGCACCCGAUCGAUCAUUUUCUUCAUUUUCAGAAUCCUUUGAGUAUAUCUUGUCUCUGCUUAAGGCAGGCAACAAAAAGACUUUGCCAGUUAUCUUUAUUCUCGAUGAAUUCGAUUUGUUUGCGCUUCAUCCCAAACAGACUUUACUAUACAAUCUGCUGGAUACUGUUCAAAGUGCACAAAGUCCAUUAGCUGUGAUUGGUCUCAGUUGUCGACUAGACGCAUUAGAACUGCUUGAAAAACGUGUCAAAUCGAGAUUCUCCCACAGACAAAUUUACUUGUUUCCACCAGCAACAUUUGGGCAAUUCGUAGAUGCAGCCAAGGAUAAUUUAAGGGUCUUUACAGAAGGACAUGCAGAAAACAGUUAUAGAGCACGAUUUAACAAAUCUGUUGAAACAUUAUUCGAGGAAUCUACUAUCACAAGUUUGCUGCGUCGUAUAUUUGAUCUUUCUAAAGAUCUUAGAAUGUUUUAUAAAAUUUGUUUUGAGCCAGUUUCUUUAUUGAGCCGUGAUCAGCCUUUCUUGACAACAAUAUCGUUUCAUCAAGCCAAUUUGGCGCAGCGGGCAGAUUCCAAAUCAGAAAUGCUUAAAGGUGUAUCCUUAUUGGAACUUGUAUUAAUUAUCAGUAUGAAGAAAUUGAUGGAGAAAGAUAUUGAUGCAUUCAAUUUUCAAAUGGUUUAUGAUGAAUAUAAAGAGUUCAUGAGUCGGACUCAAGUACGUGGAUUAGGAUUUGGUAUGAAGCUUUACAAAAAACCGGUUGCUCUCAAGGCAUUUGAAAACCUCCAGAGUUUUGAGCUGGUUUGUCCUACUGAUAUUGUUGCAAAAUGCCCGAAGGAAUACCGAAUGACAAAGCUUAUGUUGGAAGAGUCCCAGGUGGUUGAAACAGUAUUGAAAUACAAGGAUUGUCCUUCUAUUGUGUACAAGUGGGGAACAGGUGCUGCAUAA